AGCGAGGGGGGGUUGAAGGAUAGGGGGAAAUGAAAGAGGAGAGAAAAGGUGAUAAAAUAAUAAUAAGGAAACGAAAAGGGGGAAGGAAAAUAAUAAGAAAAGGGAAAGGAAGAGUAUAGUUGAGGAAGAAAAGGAAAUAAUAAGAAAAGGGAACCUUCUCUGCACUUCUUCUUUUCCUCUUUUUUCUUCCUAUUUUGCCUCCUAAUCUUCUCUCUUCUCUUUUACUUUUAAUUUCUCUUUCAAUCACUAAGCUAGCUUUCUUUCUUUAUUUUUUUUCCCUUUCCUUGCCUUGUUUUACUGCUAAAUUUCAUCUUCUACUGUUUGAACUUUAGUUCUCUUUAUGUUUCUUCUGAAAAACUAAAACCCAUCAUAAGUCACUGUGAUUUUGGUGCUUGACUUGAUCUAUGGAUGCAUAAAUCUGGGAUUGGUUAAGCUCUGAACUUUCCUUUUUCUUUUUUUUCAUUUUGGGUCAAUUUUCUGCGGGAUUUUUGAAUUUUAGGGUUUAUGUUGUAGUUGAAUUCGUGUUUGAAUUUGUUGGGUUGUUGUUGUUGUGAUUUUUUUAUGUGUAAAUGUUGUUAUUCUGUGAUUUGUGAUGUAGUGAAAAAGAAAAGUUGUGGGGAAGAUCGAUUUAAGUUUCUUCCUUGGAGUAUUUUUAUUCCAUUUUCUUAAAUUGACACCUUUGAGAAAAGAAAAAAAAAUUGAAGGGGUCAAAAUAAAUCAAUUUUAAGCUCAUAAAAAAUACUUACCCUGAAAAAUAAUUAAAACUCACCCUGAAAAAUAAUUAAAACUCACCAUUUUUAUUGUGGGUUUUCUUAUAUUUUUAAUAUUUCCAUAUUAAACUGCUGAUUAUUAUUAUUUUCUUAAAUACUGAUUUUUAGAAGGAGGACUAGGAGAAAGAGCGUAGUUUCUUAUUGUGUGGGGGUUGUUUGGGAUUCUUCUGGGAGUACCUGAUAGUUCACUAUUAGAUCUAAUAGAUAAAGCUAGGUCUUGGAUUUCAUUGGGAGCUAGUGAUCUUUCCGGUUUCACUGGUGAAGAAUUUCUGAUGCUAAAAAACGGUGUUUGCCAAAAAAUGUGUUGCUCUGAAUGUUAUACGAAGUUUGCUGAUGAAUUAUCUCAUAGAUACCCCUGCCAAAGCUGUGGUCGCUGGUUAUGUUCUAAAUGUGUUGAAAGAUAUGAAUCCCAUGUUGUUGAUGAUGUAUAUCAAUCAGAUAAUGCAAAAAGUAAUGAUUUUUCAAAGAUGAUGAGUGUUAAAUGUUGCAAAUUUUGCUGUGAUGGGGUUAAUGCAAGGCCUGAAAGUGGAGGAAGGAAGUAUUCUGAGAAGGUGCAUCCUUCUGAGUCUCCCCGGGAGAGCCUGGAACCACCAUCUCCUUGUUCUAUGAAUAGUGAAUCCAUUAGAAGUGAUCAUCUUGCUCAACAUCUUGAGGCACAUGAUUGUGGGUUUCCUCUGCCGGUGGUAGCUGGCAAGAGUAUGACUUCAGUUAAUACUCAUCGUUCUCCCAUAUCUACUCAGCAAUCUGCCAGCAGGAGUGAUGAAGAAGAUGCUGAUGGUUCUGGUAAGCAGUUUUAUAGCCCUUCAGCUGAAUACAGUCAAGAUGUUUCGGAUAUAGAUUCUUGUAGUAUUAGUGCUAGACAUGAGUUUAAUAGUUGUAAAUCUGUGGGAUCAAGUCCUUCAGUUAGCCCCUCUAGGAACAGUUUUACUCCUUAUAGAGAUGGGCAUUCUGUACAGCAGAGGCAAGAAGGGAGCCCAAUGGCUCAAUGUGUUGGUCCCUUUGAUCAAGAAAACAUGGCUGUUUUAAGAAAGCCACCAGAGACAGUGAUGGAACAAGAGAAUACUGAUGAUUACUCUGAUGAUGCGUCUAUUGUGGGUAAUCAAUCUUCAAAGUUGCAAAAGCCAUUAGAUUUUGAGAACAAUGGCCUAAUAUGGUAUCCGCCACCCGCCGAGGAUGAGAAUGAUGAGGCAGAGAGCAACUUCUUUACAUAUGAUGAUGAAGAUGAUGAUGUUGGGGAUUCUGGUGCAAUGUUCUCAUCAAGUAGUAGCCUUUCAAGUAUGUUCCCAGCAAAGGAGAAACAAGAGGGAAACAAAGAACCUAUUAGAGCUGUAAUACAGGGACACUUUAGGGCUCUUGUGUCACAACUUUUACUGGGUGAAGGUAUCAAAGUUGAGGAUAAUGCUGGAGGAUGGCUUGACAUUGUGACAGCAGUAGCAUGGCAAGCUGCAAAUUUUGUGAAACCAGAUACUAGCAGAGGAGGCAGUAUGGAUCCUGGGGAUUAUGUGAAGGUCAAGUGUAUAGCAUCAGGAACACCCAGUGAGAGCACCCUUGUCAAGGGAGUGGUCUGUACGAAAAAUGUAAAGCACAAGCGUAUGACCUCACAAUACAAAAAUCCUAGAUUACUUCUUUUAGGAGGAGCCCUUGAAUUUCUAAAAGUUCCAAACCAGCUGGCUUCUUUUAGUACAUUACUUCAACAGGAAAAUGAUCACCUCAAGAUGAUCAUUGCAAAGAUCGAGGCCCUACGGCCCAAUGUUCUGCUGGUAGAAAAGAGUGCGUCUUCAUAUGCCCAAGAGUAUCUACUUGCUAAGGAAAUUUCGUUAGUGCUCAAUGUGAAAAGGCCAUUACUUGAGCGUAUAGCAAGGUGCACUGGAGCUCUUGUUUGUCCAUCUAUUGAUGAUUUAUCUACUACACGAUUGGGGCACUGUGAACUGUUUCGGUUGGAGAAAGUAUCUGAAGAACAUGAGAUGGCCAAUCAGUUUAACAAGAAACCAUCAAAAACACUGAUGUUCUUUGAAGGUUGUCCAAGGCGUUUAUGUUGCACGGUACUGCUGAGGGGCAGAUGUCGUGAAGAACUAAAGAAGGUUAAACAUGUUGUUCAGUAUGCUAUUUUUGCUGCCUAUCACUUAUCUCUUGAGACUUCCUUCCUUGCUGAUGAAGGUGCUACUCUGCCUAAGAUGAAAGUAAAGCAUUCGAUUUCCAUGCCAGAGAAAAUUCAGGCUGACAGUAAUUCCUAUCCUCCAUCCAGUUUUGAUGCAAUAGUCAAUGCUUCUGCUCAGAAUGAUAUAUCUCCUUGUCUUGAUCCAGCGCAAGGAGGAAUGGGAUCAUUGUCUGAGCAGUGCGAUCAAAGUCAUCUUUUUCCUUCUUCUGGUGGUUCUAUUCUUGAUGUAUACAAUGAUGAUUGGUCACCAAUUGCGGGUUUGGACACGUACUCUUCAGAAGAUUUCAAGGAUUCAAAGCUGUCCAGUAUGUUGCCUGAUAUUAGAGAUUUUCCACGAUCUGAAUUGCAAGAAACCAUGACAGAAGAGGAGACUCGUCUUGGUGAGAUUCAUGAAUUGGUAAAACCUGAAAAGAUUGAUGAAGAUGAGAAUUCCAGUGAAUACUUUUCAGCCACUGAUACACACCAGAGUAUAUUGGUUUCAUUUUCAAGCCGGUGUGUGCUGAAAGGAACUGUAUGCGAACGUGCGAGGCUCUUGCGAAUAAAGUUUUAUGGUUCUUUUGAUAAACCACUGGGAAGAUAUCUUCAUGAUGAUCUGUUUGAUCAAGCAUCAUGUUGUAGGUCAUGUAAUGAGCCAGCUGAAGCCCAUGUAAUAUGUUAUACCCACCAACAAGGAAAUCUCACAAUCAAUGUAAGACGCCUUUCCUCUCUUAAGUUGCCUGGUGAACGAGAUGGGAAGAUAUGGAUGUGGCACCGGUGCCUAAAGUGCGUUCAUAUAAAUGGGGUUCCUCCAGCAACUCGUAGAGUAGUUAUGUCAGAUGCUGCAUGGGGACUUUCUUUUGGAAAGUUUUUGGAGCUUAGUUUUUCAAAUCAUGCGACUGCUAAUCGUGUCGCAACAUGUGGUCAUUCAUUGCAGAGGGACUGCCUUAGGUUCUAUGGAUUUGGCAACAUGGUUGCAUUCUUCCGCUAUUCUCCAAUCGAUAUUCUAUCGGUACAUUUGCCCCCAUCAACACUUGAAUUUAGUGGAAACAUUCAGCAGGAAUGGACUAGAAAAGAGGCAGCCGAGCUAAUGGUCCAAAUGGAAAUGUCAUAUAUGGAGUUAUCUGAUGUACUCGACAGCAUUGAACAGAAGAGUAAUUCUGCUGGCUGUCAAUCAUCAAAUGCUAGUGAUUUAUCAGAUCACAUCGUGGAAUUAAGAGAACAGAUUCAAAAGGAGAGAGAUGAUUACAAUGGUUUGCUACAACCAGUUGUUAUGGAAUCUUCACAACUGGGUCCAACAGCUGUAGACAUCCUAGAGCUGAAUCGCUUAAGGCGUUCACUUCUAAUCAGUUUUUAUGUUUGGGAUCAGCAACUUCAUUCAUUGGAGUCCCAUAUUAAGAAAGGUUCUGCUGUCAAAGUUAAAGCAGAUCAUUCCAAUGAUGGUAAACUUGGUGCUUGCGAGCAAAAUGUCUACAGAUCCCCAGAUUCACAGGAGCCUUCUAAGAAUGACAUACAGUCAGAGAAUAACAAUAUUCUAUCAAACUUGGAAUCUGUUGUGCCAAAAGAAUCUGACUUGGUGUUGUAUAAUAAGAUAGACGAGGGUGUGCAGUCAGAUGGAAACAUCACGUCUCCUGCAUCUGCUUUAUCUGAACGAAUAGAUUCUGCUUGGACGGGUACUGAUCUACUUACCUUGAAAGUUCAAACCACAGAAGCAUUUCAAGAAGAUGAGCUCCCAGCUGGUUUGAUUAGGCAAAUGAACAAAAUCAGCGAUAUUCGUUUGAGGAAUGUAGCAUAUCCAAGGAGGCUUCACUCUUUUGAUUCUGCAUUGAGAUUCCAAGAAAAAAUUAAAAAAGGAUUGCACCCCUCUUCAAGUCCUUUGUCAGUGCUUAGAUCUUUCCAUGCUUCUGGAGAUUACAGAAGCAUGGUUCGAGAUCCUGUUUCUAAUGUAACAAGGACUUACUCCCAUGCAUUGCCACUAGAGGCACAGAAGUUGAAUUUGUUACUCAGUUCCACACCCACUAUGAUCACCUCUGCAUCUCAUGUGGCUGAAGGGACUCGGCUGCUUCUUUCGCAGAGGGGUCAUAGUGAUAUUGUUAUUGCUGUUUACGACAAUGAUCCUGCAAGUAUAAUAUCUUAUGCCCUUAGUUCCAAAGAGUAUGAUGAGUGGGUUACUGGUAAGUCCAGUGAAAUUGGAGGAGGCUGGAGUGUUAGUGAAAAGAGCAAAGAAGAUUCUGCUGCUUCCAGCUUUUCACCCUGGCAGUCAUUUGGCUCUCUUGACCUGGAUUAUAUACAGUAUGGAAGUUUUAGCUCUGAAGAUGCCUCAUCAUCUGUGGGUUCCACAUUUUCUGAUACAAAAAGGUCUCCACAUUUAACAGUUUCUUUCGGAGAUGAUUCUGCUGCUGCUGGUGGCAAAGUGAAGUUUACAGUGACUUGUUAUUUUGCAAAACAAUUUGAUUCUCUUAGAAGAAAAUGUUGCCCCAGUGACGUGGAUUUUCUGCGCUCCUUGAGCCGCUGUAAGAAAUGGAGCGCACAAGGGGGAAAGAGCAAUGUGUAUUUUGCCAAAACAUUUGAUGAGAGAUUCAUUAUAAAACAAGUGCAAAAGACAGAGUUAGAAUCAUUUGAUGAAUUUGCUCUGGAAUACUUUAAGUAUUUGACAGAUUCUGUUAGUUCAGGAAGCCCUACUUGCCUUGCGAAAAUUCUUGGCAUUUAUCAGGUCUCUGUAAAACACCUGAAAGGUGGCAAAGAAACAAAAAUGGAUCUUACAGUGAUGGAGAACCUAUUUUUCAGGAGAAGUAUCUCAACAGUUUAUGAUCUUAAGGGUUCCAUAAGAUCACGAUACAAUCCGGAUACAUCAGGGACAAACAAAGUACUGUUAGAUAUGAAUCUGUUGGAAACGCUGCGAACAGAGCCUAUUUUUCUUGGAAGCAAGGCAAAGAGAAACCUCGAGAGAGCUAUUUGGAAUGAUACAUCUUUUCUGGCAUCGGUCGAUGUCAUGGACUAUUCAUUACUCGUUGGGGUGGAUGAGGAGCGCAAAGAGCUGGUUUUGGGAAUUAUCGAUUUCAUGAGACAAUAUACUUGGGACAAGCACUUGGAGACAUGGGUUAAGGCAUCAGGGAUACUAGGUGGCCCAAAGAAUGCAUCCCCAACAAUAAUUUCUCCGAAACAGUACAAGAAAAGAUUCCGAAAGGCGAUGACUACAUAUUUUCUAACCAUACCCGAUCAAUGGAGUUCAUGACCUGUUUCAUCAUUGAUUCAUUGGUUGAUUAAUAACGGCAUAAGAAACUGUAAUUGCCUGCUAAAUUUGAAGCGAGCUCGCUCUCCCUCUCCCUUUGGGUAUUCUUCUAUUCGAUCCUUGUGUUUUUCUGUCAACAAAUUCUUUUGGUUGUGGUUAGUAAAUAGGCCUACAACUAAAAAAUGUACACUAUGGGGAGAGAGGGGGGGACAUUGUUUUCUUUUUGAGGACUCCUUUUAAUGACCUCUGAAGAAAGGGAAGAAUUUAGGGCUGUGUGUGUAUAUUUUGUUGUGCAUGUGCUAAAGUACUUUUUUUUUUAUUUUUUAUUUUAUUUUUUCCUCCUUAACAUUAAUUAAUUAGGAGUUAUGGACUCUGUGGGAAACAGCAUGCGAACAAAACUUUUGUACCGUAAGUUGUAAAUUUGUAAGCAGUGGUUGAGAUGGAAAGGCUAUUUAAUUUUCCGUAUAAAAAUAGGUUUUGAAA